AUGGCUACCCCUACUGUCCUCGCUUUUGACGCUGAAGGUCGAGCCAUUGACUUUGACGUCUGGGUCGACGACCUGCAGCUAUUCUUACAGUGCGAUAGGGCAGACGGUCUCUCUCUCUUUGACCUCACCUCUGGCGCCUCUCUUGCCCCUACUGCUGAUGCUGACGCCGCUGUUCGCUCCCAGUGGGCCACGCGCGACGCUGCUGCACGUCUUGCUGUGCGUCGCCACCUGCCUACCACUGAGCGCGCGCAAUUUAGUCAGUACAAGAGUGCUCAGACCUUGUACGGCGUUGUAGUUGCGCGCUACUCUUCCCCUGCCACUGCUGCACUGAGCCGCCUCAUGCUACCGUACCUCUUCCCUGACCUUGCUGCCUUUCCCACUGUCGCUAACCUCAUUACGCACCUCCACACUAGUGACACUCGCUACCGCGCCGCGCUUCCUGCUGAGUUCUGCGCCAAGAACCCACCCCCCAUGUACAUCACUCUCUAUUAUAUAGUCACCCGCCUCCCUGACUCCCUUCGUGUAGUCAGGGACCACUUCCUCUCAGUCUGUCCCACCACUCUCACUGUUAACCUCCUAGAGAAGGCCCUCCUAGCAGUGGAGAAGAGCUUAGUCGCUGUAGGAGCCUCUCGUGGUGACCCUUGCACCCCCAUCUUUGAGGGGUGUUUCCCUUCCCCCUUUUUGCCCUCUGUCGCCUCUGCUGCUGCGGCCGACCUCGUUGGUCUUGAGUCGGUCGGUGCGGCAUCUGCCCCUAGCGGGAGACGCCGCUCUGGCAAUGGCAAGGGGGGCAAGGGCGUGGGUGGAGCUAGCGGGGGUGGUGGAGGUGGCGGUGGAGGCGGCGGAGGGAGUGGGGGUGGCGGUGGGAGUCGUGGCGGGGGUGGAGGUGUCGGUGGCAGCAGUGGAGGCAGAGGCGGCGGAGGCGGUAGCGGUGGGAGCGGAGGCGGCAGAGGUGGCGAGGGUGUAGGAGGCAGUGGUGGAGGAGGUGGAGCUGGUCGGGGUGGCGCUUCGCAGCGGAGCGGCUCCGAUGGUGGUGUAGCUAUCUAUGAUCUUGAAUUUGAUGCUAUCCUUGCUGCCAUGUAUGCUGUGACUAUUAGUGUGGAGGGUGACUGUUUCCAGUGUUUCCCGCCGGACCCGGGCAUUGAGACUGCUGCUCUAGGUACUGAUGAGGCUGCUGCUCUAGGUGCCAGUGCGUCUGCGUCCUCAGGUGCUGGUGAGUCUGCGCUCUCAGGUACCGCGUCGGCUUCGGCCUCCCUCACCGUCACACUUGACUCAGGGGCUUCUCGCUCCUUCUUUCGAGACCGCACCUCACUCACGCCGCUUGGUCGCUCGGUUGCAGUCUCCCUGGUAGACCCCUCUAAGGGCCCUGUCCUCUCUCACUUCUCUACUGUCCUCCCGUGUCCUGCUGCCCCCUCUGGCACCUUGUCUGGUCUUUACCUCCCCUCGUUCUCUACGAACUUGGUGAGUGGUGCUGACCUACAGGAUGCGGGGGUUCACCAGUUUACUCUUGCGAGUCAGCGGGUGACCCAGUGCUCGGACGCUUGCACAGGCAGGCACCUGGCCACGUUUACGCGUCGGCCGGGGUCGAGCCUCUACACCCUGACCACUGAGUCUCCUCCUGUCCCUGCGUCUGGCCAGGUAGCUGCGUCGGGUCAGGUGUUUGCUGCAGCGUCCAGGUCUGGUCCUGAGUCUACCCCCGGCUCGUGUCGCCUCCUCUCUCACAAGACUCACCUGUGGCACCAUCCUCUUGGUCACCCCUCCCUGCCUCGUCUCCGAGGCAUGGCUUCCCGUGUCCUUGUCUCUGGUCUUCCCCGGUCCCUCCCUCCCCUUCCUCCGGGGCCUGGUCCUUCCUGCACGCUUCACAUGGACGUGUGGGGCCCGGCCCGCGUCCGUGGACAGGGUCACGAGCGCUACUUCCUGCUGGUGGUUGACGACUACUCGCGUUACACCACAGUCUUCCCCUUGCGCAGCAAGGACGAUGUCACUGAGACAUUUACGCUUCCGGACUCUCCACAGCAAAAUGGGAUUGCUGAGCGCCGCAUUGGCAUGGUCAUGGACGUCGCUCGUACGUCCAUGAUGCAUGCGGCUGCCCCCCAUUUUCUGUGGUCGUUUGCGGUUCGCUGUCCCCUCGUGCUGCCUUGUGUCUUCCUCGGCUUCCCCCCUGACGCGCCAGGGUGGCAGUUCUACCACCCCUCCUCUUGUCGUGUUGUGUCCUCCCAGGACGUCACGUUUGAUGAGUCGGUCCCCUACUACCGUCUCUUCCCCUACCGCACUCCUUCCCUCCCCCCGCCUACGCUCUUCCUUGUGCCAGGUCCCCCCCCGGUAGACCCCCUCUCCCCUCAGGGUCCUGCCCCUUCAGGUGUGUCCCAGGUAGACGCACUCGAGCCGGUCGAGGUUGCUGGUGACUCUGGUACUGCUGCGGGUGCUGAGCCUAGGGGUGCUGACUCUGGGGGUGUUGCACAAGUGGGUGCUGAGCCUGGGGGAGCCGCGUAG